GAGAGCAGGACGAUGUUGGCCCAUCUGCAGUGGAUGAUCGUUCGCAACAGCUCCAACUUCCUCCUCAAGCAGAACAAAGCAACCUACAGCACCGAGCCGAACAACCUGAAGGCCAGAAACUCCUUCCACUACAACAGGCUGAUCCAUCGCAAAACGGUCGGCGUGAAGCUCAUGGCAGACGGGAAGGGGAUUGUGGUGGAGCUGAAGAAACGGGCAGUCCAGCGCAAGCCAGCCACGUCCUAUGAGAAGACGGCCAUUAACAAAAACGCCCAGGCUACGCUCAACAGCCUGCGUCACAUCAUCCACAAGAACAGCUUCCGCAAGGAUCUGUGCAUGAGCGCCCUGCGCUGUGCCAGUGCCAUCCUGCAGAGCCAGAAGCCGGUGGUGGUGAAGAAGAAGAGAACCUGGGCUACCAAGACGGCGUGA